AAGAAGAUGAAUUGUUUCUUGCCCCCUAGAUGGUUGCUGUUUAGUCCAAUGCAUUUUGUGGUUGGAUUUAGUUUAUUAAAGCUGUAAAUAACUUAAUUGCAGCGUUGACAAGUGGACCAUGCAGCGCUGCAUCUUAAGAUUUGCUGAGCCGUUUUCCGUUCGCUAUGCCAGCUCAGAGGCAGGAAAUCGGAAAGCUCUUCGCAGCGCCUUCCCAGUGCUGGAGCGCCCCCUGCAGCCCAUCCAGCGCCACGUCUAUGAGGCAAACCUGAGGAACAGCAGCGCCUGCCAAAGGAAGUACACGGAGUUGAAGGAGAAGGUGAUGAGAGGCGGAGGGGAGAACGCCAUAGCCAGACACACUCAGAGAAACAAGAAGCUGCUGGUCAGGGAGCGGCUCAGCCUCCUGUUGGACGAUGACGACUUCCUGGAGCUUUCGCCGUUCGCCGGGUUGGGUCUGCCGUACGGGGACAUCCCUUCAGCAGGCUGCCUGACCGGCGUCGGUCGGAUCAAUGGUCUGUGGUGUGUGUUUAUCGCCAAUGAUGCCACAGUGAAAGGCGGCACCGCGUAUCCAAUCACAGUGAAGAAGCAGCUGAGGGCACAAGAGGUAGCCAUUCAGAACCGCCUGCCUUGUGUCUACCUGGUAGACUCUGGUGGAGCUUUCCUACCUCUGCAGUCUGAGAUUUUUCCUGAUAAGAACCAGGGAGGAAGAACCUUCUAUAAUGAAGCCAUCAUGUCUGCCAUGAAGAUUCCACAGGUGGCGCUCGUGUGCGGGUCAUGCACUGCGGGUGGAGCGUAUGUCCCCACGAUGGCAGAGGAGGCGGUGAUGGUGCACCGGAUAGGAACCAUAUUCCUGGGAGGCCCACCGCUCGUCAAAGCCGCUACAGGAGAGGAGGUGUCACCAGAGGACCUGGGAGGGGCCCGACUCCACGCAGAGGUGAGCGGCUGUGUGGAUCACUUUGCAUGGGAGGAGAAGGAGGCGUUUGAUCAGACAAGAAACAUAAUCUCCACCCUGAACUUCCAACUGCCUGAAGAGGAGGAGGACACAGCAAAGAGGAGAGCAGGAGAGGAGCCUCUGCACAGCUCUGAGGAGCUCCUGGGGCUCGCUCCUCAGAACUAUAGCCACACUCUAGAUGUUAAGAUGAUCGUGAGUCGUCUGACAGAUGGGAGCCGCUUCCAGGAAUUUAAAGCUCGAUAUGGAACCACACUCGUCACUGGAUUUGCAAAGAUUCAUGGGAACCUGGUGGGAAUAGUAGCCAAUAAUGGAGCGCUGACCUAUGAAGCUGCGUUAAAAGGAAGUCAUUUCGUCCAGCUGUGCGACCAAAGAGAUGUGCCGCUCCUCUUCCUUCAGAACACGGCGCCGGCAGCGGCGCCAACUCUUUCUGCUGCUCAGGCAGAGAUGAACAGCAACCGCCUGAAGGCUCAGGGUUCAAUGAUGUCGGCUGUGGCGUGUGCCUCCGUCCCAAAAAUCACUGUAGUGAUUGGUGGUUGCCAUGGCGCCGAAAGCUACGCCAUGUGUGGACGGGCUUUUGACCCUAACUUCCUGUUCCUGUGGCCCAAUGCCAGAGUGUCGCUGACUGCUCCGGGUCACGCUGGCUCACUGCUUCUCGCUGAUGAUGACCAUGAGGAGCACAAGCUGGACAAGAUGUUAGAGGAGGAGAGCUCUGCCUUCUUUUCCUCUGGUAGGAUGUGGGACGACGGAGUCAUUCUGCCACAGGAAACCAGAAAGGUUCUCAGAGACACUCUGGACAUCAUCAAACAGCAGCGGUACCAGGUGUCCACAGAGAAGGGACGCUCUGUGGUCAUUCGGAUGUAGACGCCUGUAGCCUUCGAAGUGGCUUCGGUGUUUUAGGGUCAUCACACAAACCUGCAAUACUGCAGCUCUGUCCAACUUAAAGUAAUGCUUUACCUUUAAAACAAUUUCUACAGAAACGUCAGGGAUGCUGAUGGUAGGGGAAGUCUGUGGAACUUUUUUAAUUCGCUUUACAUUUUAAAAGCAAAUGUAGUUUUCUAUGGUGCUGUUUCUGUCAGAUCAGGAAUAAGGAAACUCUAACGGUAACCUAACUUGAUAUUUACAAAUCCCCAAAAAACCUUCACUGUUCUUGUUCAUCUAAAUUGAAAUUACAAAGAAUGUAAUUGUCUAAAACACCUAACAGAGCCUUUAAUAUUUACCCCUUUUGUAAUUAAGUGUAAAAUAAGAGUUUUGAUAAUGCUUAUUUGUACAAAAAUAAAUAGAUUGCCUAACUUG